AUGGCGACUGCCAACAUGAAACUACAUAAACGUCGAUCUCGUCGAAAAAUAGCCGCUGUGAACUUUCUAUCGAACAUAUCUCUAGAUGGAACACACAAAGAUACAAAAUAUGCGAUGUUUAACAGAAAACACCAUCGACUAAAAGAUGAAAACGUCGAAGAUAGCAACAAUAUAAAUGUAAACAAAGCUGUCUCGGGAAAACAGAUAAUGGACGAAGACUCUUGUGAUGAAGAUAGUGUCGAUGGGACUCGAAGUUUGGUACCCGUUGAUAUGCAAUCAGCGGGUACCCAGCACAUUGUGUCUGUGCAGAUUGAAGUUAUUCCUAACGACGGACCAACCGUUACUCCAGAACCCCCUCCAUCUGUUAAUGUUACGCCAACUAAAAGAUUUUCACGAUCAGGAUCAUACUCAGGGGAACAUGAAAGAAUAGCCAGAAGGAAGAUGAUUCAGCCUCUGAAUGACCCACUGGGACAAAUGCAAUCUGAUAGACUUGACAGAUAUAGAAGAUCAAGUUCACUUUCCAAUGAAUCCAGUGAUUCUGCAAUAAAAGACGGGUCCAUAAGAUUUAUGUCCCCUACUGACAGCAAGAGGUUGGCCAGGAAGGGCAGGUCUGAUGAUGACCUCCUCAUCACAAGGACAAGACAUCACUCUGGUACCAAGUCUUCAGCUGAGGGACAGAUUACUUUGGGACUACAUGCCCUUGUGCGGGUGGAUGAUGGACAGGAUAUAUCAUACAGUGAGCUACUGGUUUCAUCUAAAGAGGGUCCGUUGCGGCGGAGCUUGUCAGAGCAGGUUCCGUUAAACAUUCCAGACACUCCGCUGUCGACAGGUCGUGAGUUUGGUAGAAGUGUGUCCUACGAUCCCACCCACUUACACCGCUCGUCUGUGAUAGCAUCAGGCCUAAAGAGAGUGCCAGAAGAAGAAGAUGAUGUAAGUUAUGAUCCCAGUGUUCUUGAUGACCCUGAGCUCCAGUCCGGUCGAUACAGAAAUCUACUAAGAUUUACAUCCUACUUAACUUCUGUUAUUGACUAUGUAAAACCAUCAACAUUGAAGAAGGAACUAAAUGAAAAAUUUAAAGAAAAAUUUCCCAGUAUCCAGUUGACCCUUACAAAGCUGAGAAGUUUGAAAAGGGAGCUACGACAGAUCGCCUCUGUAAAGUGUGGACUGGACAUCUGGGUGGUAGCACAAGCAUAUGUAUUCUUCGAAAAACUCAUUUUGAAGUUACAGAUAAACAAACAGAACAGAAAGUUGUGUGCAGGAGCCUGUCUGAUGCUGUCUGCCAAACUGAAUGAUGUAAAAGGAGAUCAACUUACCAAACUUAUAGAGAAUAUAGAAGAUGACCUGCGUGUAAACAGGAAAGAAUUGGUGAGCUUUGAGUUUGCCUGUUUAGUAUCACUCAAGUUUGCUCUGCAUACGUCAGACCAGGAGAUUUUCCCUCACUACCAACGACUGCUGUACCAGUCCUGACCAAGGUUUCGACAACCACAGAAAGACACACCUACUCUUAUGGACCAUACUACCACACUCCUAUGACAACACCCUCUGAAUGUACCAUAUACCAUAAACCUCAAUGAUGAGACUCAACCAGGAAAUACAUAUCUAAACUCACACCCACAUAGAAGGAUUUUACUGGUGAGAUGUAAGGAAACUUGUUAGGACAUGUUUCAACUGUUUUGAUCAAAAGAGAUUAGUUUUUAAAUGUUUGAUUUACAAGUAAGGAUUUGAUAACAACUGCUGAUUGGAAUCUGCUGUUUAUGUCUCAGAAUGAGCAAAUCUCUACCUGUACAACUUGUUGUGUAAUCUGUUGAAUUUUCUGCUGGAGUUUGUGUGGCGGUACAAGCCCAGUGUACUUACACUCUGUGGUUGCCCUCUAACCUGUGAUUAUAAUGGAGAGAAGACACAGUAAUAGCAUUUUGGAAAUUUGACUCUAUAUUGCAAGUCAAUAAUUUCUUAUAUAUUUUGCAAGGAUAUUUUCUCCUGUUUGAAUAUUGAUAUCAUCGGAAACACAUGCUUUCAUAAGUUUUCUCUAGUUUUCAUAUAUCAUAAUUAAUUUGUUACUUCUGGAUGUUACAAUUUAGGAUUGAAUUGAACCUGUGAUUUUUAUUACUGAUAUACAUAAAUAAUCAUAAUAUUUCCCAGAAUCAGGACCUUUAGAUCAAAAAUGAUUUACUCGGAUAUGAAUGUGAUUUUACACACCACUUUUGUAUAGUCCAGGUAACGUUUUAGACCUAAUCUGUUUGAUCUCUGUUUAGGAAGUUAGUGAAAAUUCAUUUCAUUAGUUUUAUAUCAUACAAAAUAAUUCAGCUGAUGAUAUUUGCGUCAGAUAUUGAAAUGUGGGGCCUCCAUAUUGUCUGUUAUGAAGUAGGAACUGGCUGCCAUAAUAUUGUUUGUAUUUAGGUCAGAACUGGUCGUCUUAUUAUGGUGUAUGAUAAUAUCAAAACUAGCUGUUUCAAAUUAUUUUAUCUUGCAACUUGUGCAGUCAUUGUUUGAAUUAACCUGCCACAUGUAUUUGUGUUGUAUUCAGCAGUAAAUGGAAACUCUUGUGUCUUAGCAUGGACAUUAAUCUGCUAGAAUUACUUUCUUUAUUGCUUGAAUGUUUCAUUUAAGAUGUGAAAAACUGUUAAAAGUAGCUAUGUUGUUUGUUGCAUUGAACAUGUUUAUUUUUGAAAAUUGCUAUUAUAUCAAUUGAAGUUUUGAACUUAUUUGGAGCAAAAAAGAAUAUCAUCAAACCUAAUUCAGUGUAAUGUCAGGUAAACCUUUUUUUUUUUUUUUUUUUUUUAUUUCAAACUCAGUUUUGAUAGUCGGAGUUUUCAUAGAUAUAGAAGGAUAUAUACAAGGCAUGACAAAUGUCAUCAAAUAAAAGCUUUAAUUUGGACUCUGGACAGAAAGACAGAAGUAUCUCGCAAUAUUUAACUUUAUUUACCCUUUCAAUAAGAAAGCAUUUUUGAUGACAUGGAUCAUGUAUUUUCUAUGUCUAUUUAGGUCAAAACUGACCUCCAUAUACUUCCUGUAAUUAGGUCAAAACUGGCCUUCAUAUACUCUCUGUAAUGAGGUCAAAACUGGCCUUCAUAUACUUUUUGUAAUGAGGUUAAAACUGGCCUCUGUAUUACUUUCUGUAAUUGGGUUAAACCAUUGAAAACAUUGUCUGUUCAACAUUUUGGUAAUAAAUCCAUGCUGUUUCACUACUAGUCAAAAACCAUACUUUUUGUGUUAGGAUAUUAAGCAGUAUUAUGUAUUAUUGUGCGACUGUCAUAAAUGUUACAGUAUUAUAAUGUGGUACUUUCUGCUGAUACAGUAAGCUUACCACUGUGAAUGAGAAGCAGUUCAUAUUGCACAGGAGAACAUGCUGUAGUUGUCAGUUGACCUGUUUUGUGACUCUGUACUGAAAUUUUAACAUCUAUCACUGCUUGUACAAGGUUCAAAGAGCAGGGUAAUAAUAUAUAUCAGAUUAGAAGGUCUUAGUUAAUAGACAAAAUAUGUAGUAUGUUUAUGAAUAUAGUGUAUCUGUGAUUUUUGUUUUCAUCCUAUUGGCAAGCAGGCGAAAGGGUGAAAUUAACCUGUAUACAGUACUUUUUCAGCGUCCAACUAAGACAGCUGAGUUUGAGAUGAUUGAAGAUGAUUAUAUAAAAUUUUUAGUUAAUGCAUGAGCAGGUAUGCUAGUCAGCAUAUAUAAACCUUUAAAGAAAUUGAUGACAUGGAUUGAAUUGACUUGAAGUUAAAUUGUUACAUCUCAUGUUGCAUUUGAAAUUGAAAUAGGAGAAAAAAAAUGCACAUCUGUUUCACAGCAAUUUUUUGUAUUUGCACUUUUCAAGGUAAAUGCUGCCAUAUUAACGUUGCCAUAUCAAUGUCUUUGUUAACGGUAUGUAUAAGCAUUUCGUGCUUCAAUUCAUUAGGACAGACCAAAUUUAAUGAAGUUAUGAACAGGGUUGAUCCAUGUACUGUACACUUGGUAACGGUAUCUGUCAUUUGUAAUCUAUAGUGUAUUUGAAAUUUUUGCCAUAGUGAUAAACAUUUACAUUUAUUUAUUAUAGUUUAUUACAUGAUUCAUACCCAUUGAAUUAAAGAUAUGAAGGUUUUUUUUCUAAUAUAUUUCAUUUAGGCAUAUCAGCAUGUGUAAAUUUGAUUUAAAUGAUGAGUUUCAUGACAGUCCAACUUCCAUAUGGUCCAGUUCCCACAUCGAUCAUUUCAUUUCAUGAUUUGGAUUUAUUGCAUAUUUGAAGGAUGCAUUUAUUUACAAUUUAUAUCAAAACUGAAUUUUUUGAAAAAAAUAUCACAAUUUUCUAGUUGUUACCUCAGGCUAAACAUUAUGGCAACAGUGCUAAGAUAUUGUUUGCCAUUUACAACUGCUUUGAAUAGUUUUUUCCUCGACAGUGGUUCGAUUGUGCCUACUACAAGGGGUAAGAUUUUUCCCACCAAUGUUGAUGUUAUUUUAUGUCUGGUACAUUUGUACUGUAAGAAAAUCAAUGACAAGCGUUCAGUUGAUUUUGUUUGAUUUAUAGAACAGAUGGGUAUAGCUUGUUAUGUGGAUAUAAGGACAUUUCUACGUUUGUAAGGACAGAUAUCAAAAGUACUAUAGUUAUUCAAUCUGUAGAAAACCUAUUAUGUGUAAUAUCCUCAGAAUCUACUUCAUAUUUCUAAUUCUCUAUUGCCAGAAUCCUAUUUUUCACAAGUCAAGGACAAUCUUGUUAACGACUAUUUGCAAUAUUAACCUGAUAAUCUUAAUUGCCAUCUAGUUUUAUUUUAGACCCAAUAUGUUAACAUAUCAGUAAAACCCAUGUUUUGUUAAUAAACAGAUUCACAAACUGCAGUACCUAAUUAAUGCAAGAUACUUGCACCAAAGAAUAUUUGAACAGUAAGGGUGUUUCGUAUUUUGAAAAAAAGGCUUUGACGUGAUAUGCUGAGAUUUGUAUAAUUUGGUCUGCUAUGGUGGUAAGUUAGAGUAUAUCUAAGUCUUUUUCUUGGAAUACUUUAUCAAAGAGCUUUCUAUGUUAUGAUACUAUCCUAAAGGUUACAGUUGUGUAUAGAUAUGCUGUAUAUCGGUGAUUUGUACAAUGGUUAUCGCUUUUGGACAACCUUUACUGGUAGUGUUAUCUAAUCAUUCAGAAUUAAAUGAGAAUUUUAUGUGUAUGUUUUUUUUUUAUAUCUUUAUAUUAUGGAUAAAAAAAGAAGUAUUCUGUUGCAGGACAAGUAUGGAAAUUGCACAAAAAUUAAGGUAGCUUGUCUGGGAUGGUUUGCAUUGUUCAGAAUGACACAAGAAGGUAGCACACAUUCUUGAAUUGUUCCGAGUGUCACAGGAAGGUAGUAAACAUAAUUAAGAUCCAAGAAUGUUGAAAAAGGUAGCAUACAUCUUUAAGUGUCCAGAAUGUCACAAGAAGGUAGCAUACAUCUUUAAGUGUCAAGCAAAUUACAGUAAGGUAGCAUGCAUCCUUAAGUGUAAGAUGGAAUCAACAUUCUGUUGCUGUAAUAAUAUUGGAUACUGGAGAUGAUUUGAUAAACUGAACUAUCUAAUUUUCAAAAUGAAAAUCACGGCUUUUUCAAAACAUUAAUGAUGACAUCUUGAAAUACACAUAUUCCACUAUUGGACCAAAGCUAAGUCACUAACCAUUACAGGUUCAAAUUUUUCCCGAUAUUCCCUCAUUUAAAAUUUUUAAUUUGAAAGUAUGGAAGGCUAUAUAAGGAAAAUAUCCUUAUAAUUUUUAACUUGAUUCCAAUAAUUCUUUUCUGGAAAAAAGUUUUAAAGAACAUUUGUUGAACUGGUGCCAGAAAAUACUACACCAGGAGAGGAUUUGUUGGGAAUUUGUAUAUAUCACAAAAUAAUGUAGAAGUAGAAUAGUUUAAGUUAUUUGACAUGCUCUGUGAUCUCAAAAGUGUGGCUCAGUUGGCCCAGACUGUACAUAGAUGGUUUUAUUACAUAGACUUACUUUUACAUGGAGUUUUCUCCGCCUUGGCAGUCAUACAUGUGACAUGUUGUAUAACUCUGUAUUGUGGUCAGUCCUUGUUAUCAAUAGUAUUAUUAACCGCUAGUGUAUAAACUCUGCAGAAACAAUUAUUUACUCAGUCUUGUUUUGAUCCUGUUUUAUGUUUUAAGACGUACAAAUAUACACAGAAAAAACAUCUUUUGUUGUUCCCUCCUGUAUAAUAAAUCACUUUAUUUUCAUGAGAGGUUAAAUUUGGAACAAUACAUUCACAAAUAUUUAUAUCUGUGAAAAAAAUCUUGGAUAGAUACUUUGUUGUUUUAACAUUCCCUCCAUCCAAUAUAUUUGUACCCAGGCAGUUUGCUGAAGAAACAUGCCUGAAAAUGAAGUGAUUUGUCAUAUGCAACGUUAACAUUUUUGUUUUAUUACUCAGUGUAUGCAUUAAUGAGAAAUCUGGAUUCUUCGGGUUCUGUCUAUACAGUUUGUAAACUAAGAUUUCUAUUAGAGUAAUGACGAAUUGUGUGGACAGAAUUUGCAGUAAUUUGUUUCUGUAAUUGUCCUAGUCGGACUGAAGUGCUCAAAACUGUAGUCUGUUGAUAUUACAGUAUCUGGAAGAGGCAUGGAACCAUAGUUUUUUUAUAUAGAAAUAUUUGCAUACUUUCAGUGGUAAAUGUUUGAGAAUGUCAAGAUUUUGCAAAAGUAAGUAUUCAUAUGAUCAGAAGAAAAGAUAAUUAUGUAAAAACUCAUUUCACAAAACUGAAAGUUGCAUGUCAUGUUUUUAGCAGUUUACAUGAAUGAUAAACUUGUUCUAGUAAAUUUGCUUUUGUCACUUAAAUCACUGUGGCCAGUGUCUGCCAUUGUUUUGUUUAUUAUUGAAGCCUGUUGUAGUACCAGUUUUAUUGGUAAAUGAAAACAAGGCUGAAUUGUUUAUACAUGUUGUCAGUGCUUGGUGCUGUGAAUUUUUGUGAUAACAUCAUUAUUGAAUAAAUAAAUAGAAGAAUGAUA